AUUAAGCUGCUUAUAGACUCCUCACCGUACAGUUACGGUAACGGCUUCGUACCCCUCCACCAAACCGCUUCCCUUCAUUUUACCCAACGGCCACCACCCGGCUCUCCCCUCUUCUCUCUCUCUAUAAAUCCACCGAACUCCGAUUCCAGUCAGUCUUCGCUACUCCUAUUCCUCCUUUCAAGAAAGCCGAGAAGCCUCCCAAAUUCUAGCGAGAGAAAGAGAGAGCUAAAGAAGAAAUAGAGAUGGUGGGAUACAGCGAACCAUGCCCGUGCUGCGGCAACAAGCGGCGGCGGCCGGCCUUGGAGCGCUGGGAUUCGUCCCCAGCCUCCUACUCCGCCACCGCCCCAUCCCCGCGGCCCGGCAAGUUCGCGCGCUCCGCCUCCGCCCCUUCUCCCUCCGCCGUCGCCUUAGCCACCGCCACCCGUGCCGGUCCCACUCCGGUGUCGCCAGCUCCGCUCGCUCCGGCAUCGACCUCUUCCGACCUCUCAGCCCCAGCCCCGUCCGAGAACCUCCCCAGAGCACCUCCACUGCCGCUGCCUCCGGAUUCUCGCCCCGAUCCGACGCCUCCGACCACCUCGAUCGCCACGCCGGCCGUGGCCGUCGCAUCUCCAGCGACAUCGGAGGCAAAACAAGAAGUCAAGGAGAAGAAGCAGGAUGAAGAAGGGGCGAAGGAAUUGAAAGAGGGAGAGAAAGAGAGGAAAGAGAUGACAAAGGUAUCCGGAGAAGUGGAAAUCAAGGUCAGCUUCAAGUGCUGCAAGUGUGGUACCUCCAAGGCAGUGGUUUUUACUCCAACCGACUCUCACUAGAGUCAGAGAGAGAGACAGAGAGAUGUUAAGUUUAUCAGCCUUGUUAUUGUGUUAUGUGGUGAAUUUAAUACAAUUGUAGACACGAUAGAGUUGAGCUGAUUGAUUAUUUUAUAAGAUUCAUAACAGAUUCAAUUCUUAUGGAGAAACCAUCACUUGCUAUGGUGUACCGUGUGAAGUCUUCUCGAUUCUUGAACGUGGAAUUUUUGUGUAUCUCUCACUAAUUGUUUUAGUAUGAUAAAAGAAUGAUCGAU